AUGUGUCCUCGUGUGUCUCGGCGACACCGGCUCCGCGGGACGACCUGGCAACCGGCGGACAUGACGCCUCGGAAGGGCCGUGCGAGGCAGACGUUCAACCGUCGUCGGCACGGAGUUCACGAUCAGCUGACGUUGUCCGAACACGACUGUAGCGGCUUCGCGCAUGUGUUGGCAUGGUUGCCAGGACUACCCAAGUCGACCGGUGCACACGGUCUCCGGGUGCCUGGUCGCGACGGCAAUGCAGCCUGUCAGAGUUGA